AUGAAGACUCGCCUCAGAACAAAGGUUUGGUGGCCGAAAAUUGAUAGAGAUGCUGAAAAUCGAGUCAAAGCUUGCAAAGGGUGCACACUGGUUUCAGCACCCAACCCGCCCCAUCCGACAAAGAGACGAGAACUUCCAGUCGAGCCUUGGAUUGACGUAGCAAUAGACUUCUUAGGACCCCUGCCAUCAAAUGAUUAUUUACUUAUCCUAGUCGAUUACUACAGUCGCUACAAGGAGAUAAAAAUAAUGAGAAAUAUUACCGCUAUAGAAACGGUUAAGAAACUCAAAGAAAUAUUUUCCCGACUAGGAUACCCUGCGACGCUAACAUGUGAUAAUGGUAACCAAUUUACUAGCGAGACCUUCAAGGCAUUCUGCAAGGAGUGCGGCAUUGUAAUGUACAACACAAUUCCUUACUGGCCACAGAUGAACGGAGAAGUCGAGCGCCAAAACAGAGACGUGCUUAAGCGGCUCAAAAUAAGCCAGUUAGAAAAAAUGGAAUGGAAAGAUGACCUUUUAGAAUACCUCAUUAUGUACAAUAGCACCCCUCAUACGACAACCGGAAAAACUCCCGCCGAACUUUUCUUUCGGAGACAGUUUCGGGAUAAAAUACCUAUGGCAGUAGACAUAGAACAUAAAAUUAUAGAUCCGGAUGUAAGAGACAGGGAUAAAGAAAAAAAAGAAAAGGGAAAGGAAUAUGCGGACAGGAAAAGGAAGGCAGUAGAUAGUUAUUUUGAAGUCGGAGAGAAAGUAUACGUAAAAAAUAUGACUAAAGAAAAUAAAUUGACUCCUAAUUUUAACCCAGAGACCCAUACAGUAACGGAUGUAAAUGGUGGAGAUAUUAGGGUAAGGAAUGAUUCAACAGGAAAAGAAUACCGCAGGAAUGUUGUUCACCUUAAAAGAGUAGAAAACGGUGAGUGGAAAAUUAUCGAUCAGAGUGCAGAAAGUGAAACACGUCCAGAAGGCAGCCAACACGAAGACUGA